CUCCCCACAUCUGCACCACAUAUUAAUAAUGCAUCCAAAGCACUCCCCCUCUUCAUCCUCGUCUCCACCGCUUCUUCCCCUCCCGCUCUCUUCCGCCUCUACUUGGCCGUGUUGUCCCCGCUGCUCCUCCGGCUUCCCAGAUAUGAAUGGUGUCACUAGCUCAAGCUUGUUUCCUUUGCAGCGCUGUAAAACUGUGCACCUGGUCAGACAUGCACAGGGCAUUCAUAAUGUGAAAGGUGAAAAAGACUACAGAGCAUACUUAUCUCCAGAACUUUUUGAUGCACCCCUUACUCCAUUGGGAUGGGAUCAGGUCGAUAAUCUCCGUAAACACAUUAGAGCCUGCGGCCUAUAUAAGAAAAUUCAAUUGGUUAUCACCUCUCCUUUGCUAAGAACAAUGCAAACUGCCGUAGGGGUUUUUGGAGGAGACAGCUAUAGUGAUGGGGUCAAUGUGCCUGCCUUAAUGGUUGAAAACGUUGGGAAUAGUAACCGGCCUGCAAUUUCAAGCUUGAACUCUCCACCAUUUGUAGCGGUUGAAUCUUGCCGGGAGCAUUUGGGAGUUCGCCCAUGUGAUAAGAGGAGAAAUAUAAGCGAAUAUCGGCAUCUUUUCCCUGCAAUUGAUUUUUCUUUGAUAGAGAAUGAUGAAGACAUCUUGUGGAAAGCUGAUGUCAGAGAGACAAAUGAAGAGGUUGCAGCUAGAGGAGUAAAGUUUUUAAACUGGUUAUGGACACGAAAAGAGAAUGAGAUUGUUGUCAUUAGCCAUAGUGGGCUCUUGUAUCAUACCCUAAAAAUGUUUGGUAGUGACUGCCAUCCCAUCGUCAAAGAGGAAAUCAGCAAACAUUUAGCUAACUGUGAGCUCCGAUCUAUGGUGUUGGUUGACAGAAGUAUGCUUGGUUCAGAUUCUUGUUACAGCAAUUAUCCUGGUAAGAUACCGAGUGGUCUUGAUCUGCCCAGCGACAUUGCUGAUGAUAAGCACCCUGAGAAAGACAACAUCAAUUAGGUCUUCCAAGAUAGUCUCAUCGACCAACCAGCGAUGCAUCAAAGCCUGGAGUUGGUUCCUGAUAUUUCAUGUGAUAUUAAUGUGCUCAGGAGGCCACAGAGUUCAAUUUCUUUAACAAAUUAUCCACAUUUGGAGAGGUUUUGUAAGUCUUUGAUACGAUGCAUCGAUUAGACUUGAUCUAUAACAUGGAUAGAAUUUCCAGAGAUUUACAGCAAAUUGGGACUGGAAGGUGCACGAACUACUUGGUGUGGAGAUACUGGUUCUAUCGUCCUUGUCAACCUUGGUCAAGUAAUCCACUGCUCAGUAUGAACAGGUAGGUACUAUCGUCUCUUCAUUUACCUAUUUUUCAUGUGGCCUUGUUUCUUUACGUUUUUGCAUGAAACAUUAUGACCUUUGCCUUUCCAUUAGAAACUCUUCCAUCAUCAAUAUUGGCAUCCCAAUCCCUAUGUUAGUCCAAGAUAUAGGGCCCAAUUCCCGUAAGGGCAACUUUUGGUAGCAAGCGAGGGUAAAUUCUCUCGAGUUACUCCCCACUUUGUAAGUGCCACCAUAAAACAUUAUAAAGGCUAAGCAGGGCUUUUUAA